GAAAAAAAAGAGAAUGACGUAGAAAGCGUGAAGCCGUGAUGUGGAACUUGAGGGAGGAAAUGGAAUGGGUUUCCGUUUCCGGCUGAGGUCAACUCUUCCGGGAUUGGGCGCAAUGGAGUCGGUGCUGAGCGAAGUGGUGGCGCUGGAGGAUCUACAGAAGUUUGAGAAGAAGUACAAUGCUGAGUUGAAAGAAGGAAACAUUUCCAAAGGGACCAAAUUUGAAUACGCCUGGUGCUUGAUUCGUAGCAAAUACACCGACGACAUCAAGAAAGGCAUUGUACUCCUGGAAGAUCUGUUGCCCAAAGGGACCAAAGAAGAGCAGCGUGACUAUGUCUUCUAUUUGGCAGUGGCCAAUUACCGACUGAAGGAGUAUGAGAAAGCAUUGAAGUACAUCCGGGGCCUGCUGAAGACAGAGCCGGGCAACACACAGGCCUUAGAAUUGGAGAAACUUAUUAACAAAGCCAUGCAGAAAGAUGGCUUGGUUGGCAUGGCGAUCGUUGGCGGCAUGGCCCUGGGGGCAGCCGGGCUGGCCGGCCUCAUCGGCUUGGCCAUCGCCAAAGCAAAACCGUAACAGGCUUGGUUUGGGCGGGCCAAGGAAGGGUGCCUCCCUCUCAUUUGACACAGCUCAGCCUGGCGGAUGAUGGUCUGGCCCCUUCGGAGAAGCUGUGGGGUGAUUAAAAACGCUCGCUCAAAAGAUGCUAACCUGACUGACUCCUGGACUCUUGUUCUCCUCGUGCCUGGUUGGCUGCCAUGUUCAAUGGUCAAAGUGGCAGUUUGGCUCUGAUUGCCCCAUCGAAGAUUGACCAGUAGCAAUAUGAGUGUUUGUAUGUACGAUGUGAUGGUGUUGAGGUUGCCUUUGGAUCUUAGAACACAAGUUUCCUGUCCAGUAGCCAAAGUUUGAAUCCACAACCUGUCCUUUGAUUACUCUACCUUAGCACAUGAAUUCUCCUCAUCAUUGCCUCCAUUUAUCCUUCCUUGUUCUUGUCACUUGAGACUAAACUGUUGGGAAGUAGAGACAUUUGGAGAAGAUUAAAACAAGGUUGGUCUUUUCUGAGAAGCCAAGAUCCACCUGGUCUUAAAAGAAGAUCUUGAGAAAGCCAAGUUUCCCCCCUAGAUUAUGGUUUUUCCUUUUCUGGUAAAUGCACUUUCUCCACACGCACACAGAUGUGGCCCCUUUCUCUCACCCCUCUGCCCCAACUGACUGCCACAUGCUAGGGAAAAAGCACGUGUUAUGGUAACAUUUGUACACAGUCACAACCCUCUUAAGCUCCAUUGGUCUUUUAGAGUCUUCUUUCUUGCAUCUCACUAUGCAACCUUUUAUUUUGGCCAUUCCACCCUUUUCUUUACAAAAAAUUUGGUGGUGCUGGAAGAACAAAAGGGAUGUCGACACAAGAAUUGGUUGCAUCUGCCUCGUCUUAACAAUGGACAUUUUGGAAGCGUGAUAGAAGGACCAGAAGUUGAAGCUGCCUUAUAUACUGUUUUUCAUCUGUUUCUGAGCUGAUGCUACAGGGUUGCCGUGGAUGCUCACAAUAUCAGAAGCACUACUUUCCUGCUCUCUCGUAAUUUCUCUACUGCUCUAAUAGGUGCUUUAAUAUUUUUCCUUUAGCCUCUGGCUGGUAUGAGGCAGGAAUGUGAAUAAACAUAGAUGUACCACAGAG